AUGGCAGACAUGACGGUACGAAACACUGCGAACCUGAUCGCCAAUAUCAAUAAUGGUAUCAUGGUAGGACAGAACUUCGGAAAUAUCAACCAUGAGUCCGGAUGCCAUACAGAUGAGCAACGAUUCGACAAAUGUACCAAAGCGCUCUGGGUGACAGACCCUCAUGUCGACCGCGAUUAUGUCGUGAACACUAAGGGUAGCCCCGUUUCUGGCACAUGCGACUGGAUCUGGCAAGACCGCACUUUCUCGGAUUGGUUGGAUGGGUCAUCAUCCAGAACACUGUGGAUCGCAGGUGGACCUGGAAAAGGCAAAACAAUGAUUUCGGUUCAUAUCACGGCCUUGCUCGAGAAACGAUGCAAUGUUGGCAAUCAAGUCUUCGCUUACUUCUUCUGCGACCAUCGGGAUGCGAAUCGCAAUUCGGUCUACCCCUACGUUCGGGAGGACCGAAGAGCUGAGGCUACGAUGCAGUCGCGCGAUGCCCUUUGGCGAAUCGUUACCGAGCUACUGCACGAGCAGGGGCUUGAAGGUCUGGUGUAUCUGAUCGACGGGCUUGAUGAGUGCGACGAUGGAACAGCUCGUUGGUUGGCACAGAAGCUGUCCAAGCUCCAUACCGAUAGCUCCGACAAAGAUAUGAGAAACGUGAGGAUUCUCGUUGCGAGUCGGAAUAUUACAAGCAUGGACUUUGCGUCUAAGAUCGACCUAGACACCAUACAAGACCCAGGCUACAACGAGAGUAUCACGAGAUUCAUCGAUGCGCGAGUAGCUGGAAUGGCAGAUCAAGUGCCCGGUUGCACACGAGCGCUACAGGACCAAGUCAAACAAAUCCUACAGUCACGCUCGGGCAACUCGUUCCUUUGGAUUGGUUGCGUAAUGGACGAAUUGUCAGUCAAAGAGACGCCUACAGAGAUCGAGAGUUCGUUGGCCGAGUUCCCUACCGGACUUGUCCCUCUCUAUAACCGACUUUUUCACCAAGUACAUCCAAAUCCGCAAUAUCGCUCGGAAUGUAUCAGAUUGCUGCACUGGGUGGCACAAGCGAUGAGACCCAUGAACCUAGCGGAGCUAGCAGCGGUGUUGGAAAUCCGUGGGUCAGAAACCAUAUCAGUGGAGCAGAGACUCAGUGAUCGUAUCACAUGGUGUAGGUCUUUGCUCAUCAUCAGACAUAACCCCGAUCCUACUCACGCGCCUACGGUCGACCUGGUCCAUUACUCGUUGAAGGAACAUCUAUUUGAGUCGAGCGUGGCGGAUGACUCCGACAUUCGGCCGUUUUUCUGUCAAGCAGAUGCAGUACACCACCAAAUUGCGCACACGUGCUUGGAUUAUCUCUACAAUAAUCUCUCGGAUAAAAAGUACUGGUUCUGUGAUGAUGAAGAUACAAAUACGCGGCUUCCUCUAUUAUCAUACGCCACGAUCUAUUGGCCAACCCAUGUCAGGCUCAUCAAAGCAGAGUCAGAAGGCCUGGCUAUGGAUCUGUUAGAAAGCAGAGUCGGCACUUUCUUCAAACAAGGUGGCAUGGCAUACGCCGGCUGGUGGUGGUCUUCCCGAGCGGCAAUGUAUCCUGUAUUUCAAUGGGAAUUGCCUCCUCAGUUCGGUGAUCCCGAAACGGGUCCUUCCCUCAAGGAGAGGCAGACCAUCCACCCAACGCAUCUUUCGGCAGCUCUAGGCGUGCUUCCGUGGAUCGUUUACUUCUCUACCUUUCCCGAUAUACCGCGUUCCGAUGUCAUAAACCUCUUCUUGGAUCCAAUAGGGCAAUCUUCACUGAAUUACGCUGCCCUCGGAGGUCACGAAAACGUGGUCAUUUGGUUGUGUGAUCAGGGCGCAACCGUAGACGAUAGAUCAGUAUUUGACGCUAUCACUGGGCGUCAUGUCAGCGUUCUGAAGUAUCUUCUUGGUCGUGGGGGUAGUCCAAACAUCAGACAAUACAAUCCUUCGACUGGACAAUGCGAGAAUGAAACGGCACUCUGGGAUGCGUGCCGCCAAGGUCUCGAAGACAUUGUGCAGGUACUACUCGACGCUGGCGCCGACCCAGAUGAGCUCAGUCCGGCAUCAGAUUUGUCAGAGUACUUCGAAAUCCCUACACCCGCCUUCGUCGCAGCCUGCUUCGGAGGCAGUAAGCAUCUUGUAGAAAUUUUGUUCUCCAGAACCAAAGCACUGCAUCUCUACCUGGACUACGGCUUGUUAGCAGCGAUUAGCGGCGGCCAUGAAGAUGUGAUCCGAUUUCUCCUACCAAAAAUCAAGACGGUUGGUCACGAAAGCGAGAGAGAAAAGAAGUUCCUGUUUGUGGCUUCGUUUUAUGGAGUAUCUUUCUCUAUUCUCGAGCUCUUACUGGAUUUCUUCGGCUCGAAUGUGGACUUGGUGGUUCGCUUUGACAAGUAUGGUUCUUGGAGAAUGACCGAAUUUGCAGACCUUUUCAAGGACCACGAGACUAUGCAGAUGCUGCUGAAGAGAGGCGCAACACCGACGAAUAGCAUGCUUCUCACCGCUACCGAGACAGACGACGCAAGCCUUCUCGAACUCCUCCUGCAACGAGACGUUGAUAUGAGCAUGUCUCUUCAUGUUGCGGCCAAACACGGUUCCCUUCAGGCUGCGAGGUUGCUUGUCGCAAAAGGAGUAGCGAUCAAUGGUACUAAUGGACAAAAGAAGACACCACUCAUUAUCGCGGCUGAGAACGGCUUUGCAGAGAUCGUGGAGCUGCUUCUCAAAAACGGAGCCAGGCCUAAGACCAAGGAUAAGGGGGGCAAGAAUGCACGCAUGAGAGCUGAAGCAGGAGGCCAUGCAGAUGUGGUUCAGGUCAUCGAUGACUGGGCUCUCAAGAUGAAGAAAUAA